AUGAAGUUGAGCUUGCACAUACAAGCCAAACGGAUCGCGCGCUACCUGAAAGGUACGCGCGAAAUCAAACUGCGCUUGAAGCCAACGAAGAUCUCGAUUGGGGAACUGCAGCUUGAGUCGUACUCGGACGCCGAAUUCGCCGCUAACAAGUCGGACAGGAAGUCCUUGACCGGUGGGAUCGCUCGCCUGAACGGGAUGCCGGUGAGCUGGACGGCGAAGAAACAAGGUGUAACGGGGCACCCUGAAGCUUGUACUGGUGACAAGGAAGACGGUAAGAAGAAGCGAGUACUUGGUUAG